AAUUAUCUUAUCGUUGUUUUGAUUUUUCUCCUCUCUAUAUAUAUAUAAAUAGAAGAAACCAACCAACUGUGAAAAAUGAUAUGAAAUGGAAAGAUUAGUAUAUUAAUUCUAAUAGUCAUUCAAUGUAGUAGUCGAACUAUCUCCAAUUUUCAUAUGAAAAAUAUUGCCUAAUUAGGAAGGCACCUCUGAUGAGAUUUGGUUUGGUGAAAAAACGUUUUUGUUGAGCUCUGAUUUAAACUAUUUUGAUCAAGGUGUAUUUACCCCAGAUAAAUCGGAACAAACUAUUGAUUCACCGUCAUUUGAUCUGUUGUUGGUUAUUGAACAUAAUCAAACCUUGAAAAAGAACUAACAAUUAGUGAAAAAUGGGUCUUUUCAUACCUGCCAACAAGAUUGCAAACUUGAAGUUGUACAAAUACUCUUCAGAAGAUCAUUCAAUCAUUUCCAAAUAUAUCCUUAAGAGAUGGUGGAAUUACUUUGUUCAAAUCUUUCCCAUGUCAAUGGCUCCUAAUUUGGUUACAUUAUUAGGUUUAUUCUUUAUACUAGCCAAUUUAGCCGUGGUAUUCUAUUAUGAUCCAUAUUUAAAAGGUGAAAGUCCAAGUUGGUGUUUAUUCUUUUAUGCCUUUGGUUUAUUCAUGUAUCAAACUUUCGAUGGUUGUGAUGGUGCUCAUGCUAGAAGAACAGGUCAAAGUGGUCCAUUAGGAGAAUUAUUCGAUCAUUGUUGUGAUGCUGUGAAUACUACUUUUGGAGCUAUUAUCUUUGGAUCAGUAUUAGGAAUGGGUUAUGGUGGAUUAUUAAUGUUAACUCAAUUUGCUUCUGUAUGUAAUUUCUAUGCUUCAACUUGGGAAGAAUAUCAUACUCAUACUUUAUUCUUAAGUGAGUUUAGUGGACCAGUGGAAGGAAUCUUAAUGAUUAUAGUGGUUUAUAUAGUUACUGGUAUCUUUGGUCAUCAAAUUUGGUCAAUUCCAUUAUUUGAUUUGAAUUUAACCUCGAUUGGAUUGGAUACUUAUAAACUUGAUAGUUCUAUAAUCUAUGUGGUGUUAGGGUUAUCAUCAUUAUAUUAUAAUAUUCAAGCCGCUAUGAAAAAUGUUUCCAAAUAUUACCGUAACAAGUAUCCUUCUGAUUCAGAUAAGUCAAAUCAAGAAAUCGAUGAAGCUUAUAAAGGAUUAACACCAUUCUUUGUUUAUUAUGGAUCGAUUAUUUUAUUAGCUUGGGUUUAUCCUGAAUCAAUCACGACUUUUGGAUUCCCAACUGUUAUUUCAAUCGGUUGUACAAUUGCCUUUUCGGUAGGUAGAAUAAUAUUGGCUCAUCUUACAUUACAAUCAUUCCCUCAUAUUCAAUUCCCAAUGUUUGUUCCUGUGACUGAAUUAAUCAUAAGUUACAUUAUGAUUAACAUUUACAAUUUUGAAUAUGAAACCACUUUAUUCUCUGUAACUUGGUUAGGAUUUGGGGUAACAUUAGGUAUUCAUGGAAUGUUCAUUGCUGAAAUCAUUUAUGAAAUCACCACUUAUUUAGAUAUCUAUGCCUUAUCAAUCAAACAUAAAAAGGCAUAGACGUACCAUAAUUUUCUACAUUAUUUCAUAGAUAUAAAAAAUUUUUUUAUCUCUUUUAACUUGCUUUCUUAUUUAUGUUAUACAAAACAUGAAAUCUAACUACUGUUUUUUU